AUCCUAGGGCGAAUUGGCACUGUGGUUGGAUGGGGGCGUACUAAUGAAGGUGGUGAAUUGCCAGCAAUCGUUAACCAGGUGAAAGUACCCAUAAUGUCGAUUACAGAAUGUCGAAACCAAAAGUAUAAAAGUACUAGAAUUACAUCCAGUAUGAUUUGUGCUGGAAGGCCUAAUAUGGAUUCAUGUCAGGGAGACAGCGGUGGCCCCCUUUUACUUUCAAAUGGAAUAAAGUAUUUUAUUGUUGGUGUAGUUUCUUGGGGCGUUGGCUGCGGUAGAGACGGAUAUCCAGGUGUUUACACCAGAGUUAGUAAAUUUAUUCCGUGGAUAAAAUCGAAUUUACAUGACAGUUGCUUGUGUUCUUGAUAAAAAAUUGCAUAUAUGUAUAUAAAAAUGUAUAACAUUUUCAAAUAUUUAA